UGUUUCUGUGUUGACCAAUCACGUCAUGCCACUGUCUUUUUGAAAUGCUGUUUCCGUCUGCCCUUUUCAGUUUUCACUCACUCUGACCAGCAUAGGAGUUAAGAUGCAGUCAGACUUGGAGACCGAUGACCUUGCUCUUGAAUCUGAACCUGUCAAAGUUCUGGCUACUCUGUUUAAAAAUGAAAAAGAGUGCUCAAGGAAAAUUUACACUUCACAGUGCUGAACAUCUCAUAAAUAAAACCAUGUCGGAGCAACCAGGUUUUGCAUUUGACAGAGUUCAAAAACAUAAUAGUGAUUUCCAAGAAUUUGUUGAUGUUGACAGAAAUGUAGAAAUAAAGAACUUUGACAGAUUUCAAAUCUUCAUAUCAAGGGCAAAGGCACUACCCCAAACAAAUGCUGGAGAGGCCUGUCAAAUACAGCAUGUUCCAGUGCCAGAUGAACAGGGAGGCCUGCAAUCUUUACUUAACAGCAAAACUCCAGAAAUACUUGAGGAACACAAGAGAACAGGAACACUUAAAACUGAGUCAAGGAGACAUCUGGUCAAAGUCUUGAUAAGUCACUUGGUGGAGAAGCAUGGAUUUUACCCACCAAGUGCUGAAAAGCUCGCCCUUGCAAAGGGUAUUAUCACCACUUUCCCUUCCUCGAGGGUUCAGAUUGACGGCAAUGGAGAUGGAUAUAUGAGGCUGCGUAACAUUCGGCGAAAGCUUGAAGCUGGUCAGCCGCGUUACACAAAAUGCAAGAAAGGGUGUGACACAGCCCUAGACACAGGAGCAAGAUCAGAUCAGGACCAGGGGGAGAGCAGUGAGACCGGUGAGUGGAUCACCCUGAUGAAACGACUCAGGCCUUCUUCAGAGAACAUUCCUUCAAUCAAAUCAGCAAUGGAGAAUACAUACACCAGGCGCAGAGCAUGGAUAUCAAAGGCAACUCCUACAUUGACUGAAAUCUUCAAUGAAUACCCACGCUUUUUGGAUAUGCCAAAUUUGAUGGAUAUCGAGUUUGGCAAAAUAACAGCUGGAAAGACAGACCAAUUCAUCAGGAAAUGGGAAGCGAGCAUCAUUCCAAAGCUGAGAGCAGUUGCUGCCUUGGAAAAAGGUGGUAUUGCGUCACUUACAGAGGGGAUGGAAGACCAGACAGAUGAUGAAAAGUGCUAUACCAUGCUGGUUGUUCUGACACAUCUUCUGCCACCAAUGCCCGGGAGUCGCUGCAGUGUGAAAUCAGCAAUAACAUUCCUUAUUGAUUUUGUACCGCCUGGAACCAGUAUUGCAUCCCUCUGCGACAACUCUGAGAUGGCAUCAAGGACCCAGCCACAGCUGAUCUGUAUGUUGGUUGAUUAUGGAUAAGCACCUCAUACAUGCCUGGUUAAAACCGACUCAUUUACUUUGUGAAUAUAGUCUGGGGACAUAUGUAAAAAUGUAUUAAUGCAUCUGUGUUUUCUGAUAUGACUGUUAUAUGUUGUUACAUGUCAUCCAUUAGUCAUAACUGUAAUUGUAUAUUUUAAUAUGUAUUCAUGCUUCUGAUAAUAUCUCUUAUCACUGCAUAUCCUGCUACACUUAGUGUAGUUUUAUUGUACUUUGCACUCAUUAAA